AUCGUCAUACCGAUUGUCAUUGUGGUGGGUGCGGCUCUCAAUAACAUGGCCACGGUAUACGGCAAAGCUGCAUUGUUCCCGGGCUGUGUAAUGCUGGUUUCAUCAUUGGCUAUUCACUGUACCGGGAGGAUUUGGGGAUGGUGGAUAAGUGACAGCUAUACAACAUGGAUUCGUAAUAAAAUCCGAAAACGAUGCCUGGAUGCAAAACCAUCAACUGAUUCCUUGUUGAAAUCAUCGACAUACGAUGCAUCCACAGCAAAAAAAUGUGAUCGGCGGUCACCGCGAGCCGUGUUCUGCACGGCAACUCUGGCGCUACUUCUUGGAUAUUUGACGGUAUACCUUCACAGCCAGGCACUUUUACGGAAAGCGCAGUACGGAUGGAGUACCGGUACGGGAAUUUGUGGGGUACUCUAUGCGGAGCGAAAUUCAGCAACGGCAGCCGUUCAUCCUAAUAUGACGUCAUGGAGUAUAUCAGCUGCCGAUACUGCCGAAUUUUCAGGUCAAGGAUACGCCAACACCCGCAGCGUGAACCCGGCAUCGGUGUACUGGAGCGCCGCUCUUAUUGUCAUUACCGACACAUCACAACUGGCCCUGCGUCGAAUGCUAUGGUUUGUCCACACCAUGGUAUCCGGCUGCUUUAUGGGUCACGUAAUUAACAAACUGAUGAGCCGAGACGGAUUUGCUUUUCUACGUGCCCAGUACGCGCUACUGAUGGUGUUUGUCGGAGGCACAAAUCAUUCCGCAUCGCACAGUAGCAAUCCAAAGAAGACGGAUGAAUAUGGACAACAGGAAACUGAAGAAUCCGGCCUCGUUUGGGUGGACGGCCAGCAAAAUUAUAUGCCCGCGUCCCGUCUACCAACCACAGAAGCUCUCUGCAUAUGCACGUUGUGGACGGAAAUUCAUACUCUCCUUUUCACGAAUGUGCGCCGCUGGGCUUUCUGGUUGUUACUCCCGGUACCCGCCGCACAACUACUCAUGCCUAGAAAAUUCCAAUGGCAGGGUAUUUUGUUCAUAUUAACCGGAUACACGGCGUGGCUAACCUGGCGAUUUGUACAGUCGACAUGGGAAGUGUACCGAUAUUGUCGGAAGAAAUGGUUCCGGGAGAAGGGCAGCCGCUACGGAGUGCGCCGGGUGUCUGUGGAAUUGACGGCCUGGAUAACGCUGUUCGUGUUUGACUAUUGUACGACCGCCUAUGCACCCUGGAUAACCAGUUUCGUUAAGGGGCAGUUCGCUAAUAAAACUAACCAGCGGUUAAUGGUUGAAGCGUGAACUGGUCUGCAUGACACCAUAGAAUCGUUGUUUGUCUUCAUUUCCGUACUCGUACCG